GACUCACCCGAUUGAACUGGAUAAUUUAUCGGUCUUUCGGAACGGAGGCCGGUUUUUGGAACUCGGAAUUGGAGCGACAUGGGAAGUGAAGCAGAGAGGAUAACGAUGAUAGGUAGUGGGUCAGAGGCGACGAAUGGAUAGUGGUCCAGUGGACGAGUAAAGAUAUGGUUAUAUAGGCCCAAGUCCGAACAUGACAUAACCACGUGCAGAUAGAGAUGGGGAGAAGAGAGGGGGCAUGGUUAUUCGAUAUGGGAGGAGAGAGAGAGAGAUAUGAGUAGACAGCAAACCUGGACUGACUCACGUGGAGUACUGCUAUGUCAGCAUUUACAUAGAUGAAAUAUAUGUUUCCCAUUUUUUGUUGGGUUUGGUGAUCUCUCGAAAAUGGGUCCAGAAGGAAGAGGAAGCUGAGCUUAAGCACUGAUUUCCAGUAAAAAUGGAGGAAUACAAGGAGAACCCAACUCAUUUUUACAGCAUCAAACAGCUGUCUCCCUCCGACCCAAGCAAGAAAAGGAAGUUAGAAGAACAACUUGUCUUGCCAUUGUCAAAGCACAAGUUUCGGAACAGGCCCUACAAUCUCGUGGAGGAAUAUCCAAGCUCUGACAUAGAUGGUCAUGGAUCAACCAAGCAGGUUGAUGUUACAACCAUGCUACACUCUAAGGAACACUUAUCCAAUCAAGAAUCUCCUACCCGAGCCCCAACUGAGAUGAAACAACAGGACUUUGCUAGAGAUGGCUAUAGCAUCGCCGACGAGAGCGAGACCAUAUCGAUAAACCCUGAGAUUCUAAACCGAACUGAUUUCUCGAGAAGUCUAAUUUAUGAUCAACCAUCAAGUUCUUGUGGCAGUUGCAGUGCUAGUGACUCUUUCAAGAACUCCAUAUAUUCUUUAGAAAGCAGAGCUAUUGAGAAAAGAACUAAGGGUGAGUCAAGCUCAAACUACACCAAGUAUUUGCAGCUAGAAUUAGAAUAUUUAGACCCAGAUGAGCAAAUGGUGGAAUCAAGCCCCUAUGAUGCCAGUUAUGAGUACUCUGAUAAUGAUCGGACAGCCAAAGAGAACUAUUUAGAUAUGGAAGCAGAAGAAAGUUCCGUUCUUUCUGACAAUGAUUCUUCUCAUUUGUAUUUGCUCUCAUCUGGAAGAUGGAGCAUCAACCAAGGUGAGCUUUUGAAACUAGAAGUCUUGUCAUGGAGGAAGUAUCAGUAGACUACCAGUAAUCCAGUGUCCAUUGGAGUUAUCACGUUCCAAUGAAAUGAUAGACAACAUGGAGAGAGUGUGAGGCCCACCAGAGCAGGAAAUGAUCCCCAAUGGUGGAUCCCAGUUUCUCUCCAUCACUGUCCAUUUUAUUUGUCAUGAUGACGCUGUUGGCCUAUGUUUGUCCAUAGUCCAUUGUACUUAGGGUUGGUAAUGGGUCAGGUCAAGUCUGGGUUUAGCCGGACCUGGAACUGACCUGAAAAUAGACUAGUGGGACCUGGACCAGGAUUUGGACUUGAAUGGUUUAUAAGGGACCCGGACCCGACCUAAAAAUAAAAAAUAAAGAGAGAGAGAGAGAGAGAGAGAGAGAGAGACUAAAAAAAAAGAGAGCAAGCUAGUUAUGACAGGAUUAAUCUCCACUGUUCAUCUUAUAAAAGAAUAAACGGUGUGGAUUAAACACAUAUUUCAUUAAUAUGUUAAGGGAAAGAAGAUAGUGAGACCAUUUACCUUGGCAACAAGGUGGUCACAAUUAAUCUUGACCAUUGGUUGU